AUGGCCGCUAUCUUCGGGAAGAUCUUCGUGGGGGUUUACGUGGAAAUCAAGCGGAGCGACGGACGGAUACACCAGGCGAUGGUCACAUCGCUGCAUGAAGACAACGACAGUGUGACAGUGGAGUGGAUCGAGAACGGGGACACCAAAGGGAAAGAGGUUGACCUGGAGAGCGUCUUCGCUCUGAAUCCAGAUGUUGCUCCUGAUGAGGAGAUACCACAGAGUCCUGAGGCUCCUCUUCCUCCCUCAAAUGUUGCAAAAGCCAGCAAAGUCCCAAAGACCAGACGGACUACGUCAAUACCAAAGCCUGAGAACGCUCCACGGGAGAACAGAGUGGGAACCACCCGGGCCCGUCCCAGCCAGCAAAACCAAGCUGCAAAAUCCCCUCCGCCAGCCAUCGCUCCCCAGUCUGCACUUAACCAGACCCUGCUUCAGCAGCAGAACGCACGGAAGAAAUCCAACUGUGUAAAGGAAGUGGAGAAACUCCAGGAAAGACGAGAGAAGAGACGACUUCAGCAAGCAGAGCAGAGAGAGAAGAGAGCACAGGAGGUGGAUGUCAAUCUACCAAACUAUGAAAUUAUGUGUAUGAUCAGAGACUUCAGAGCCAGUCUGGACUACAGGCCAUUAACAACUACCGAUCUGAUCGAGGACCACAGGAUAUGUGUCUGUGUACGUGCACGUCCCCUCAAUAAAAAAGAGAUAACAGGGAAGGAUUUGGAUGUGAUCACCAUUCCCAGUAAGGACGUGGUAAUGGUCCAUGAGCCCAAGCAGAAAGUCGACCUGACCCGCUACCUGGAGAACCAAACUUUCCGAUUCGACUACACCUUUGAUGAGAAUUCCACCAAUGAAAUGGUUUAUAGAUUCACUGCUCAGCCGCUGGUCGAGACCAUUUUUGAGAGGGGGAUGGCGACCUGCUUCGCGUAUGGACAAACUGGAAGUGGGAAAACACAUACGAUGGGAGGUGACUUUUCAGGAAAGAACCAGGACUGCUCCAAAGGGAUCUACGCUUUGUCCGCCAGAGAUGUUUUUCUCAUGCUAAAGAAGCCAAAUUACAAGAAGUUGGAUCUUCAGGUCUUUGCCACAUUUUUUGAGAUUUACAGCGGGAAGGUGUUUGACCUACUGAACCGCAAGGCUAAGUUACGUGUCCUGGAGGACGGGAAGCAGCAGGUGCAGGUGGUGGGUCUGCAGGAGAAGGAGGUGAAAUGUAUGGAGGACGUCCUCAAACUGAUUGAAUUGGGAAACAGCUGCAGGACUUCUGGUCAGACCUCAGCCAACGCUCACUCCUCUCGGAGCCACGCAGUGUUUCAAAUCAUUCUGCGUAAACAAAGGAAGAUGCAUGGAAAGUUUUCCCUGAUUGACUUGGCGGGGAAUGAGAGAGGGGCAGACACCUCCAGCGCCGACCGUCAGACUCGCUUCGAAGGAGCCGAGAUCAACAAGAGCCUUCUGGCACUUAAGGAGUGUAUUCGAGCUCUGGGCCUUAACAAACCCCACACUCCUUUCCGAGCCAGCAAGUUAACCCAGGUGCUGAGGGACUCCUUCAUCGGAGAAAACUCCAGAACAUGCAUGAUAGCGACCAUCUCUCCUGGAAUGGCCUCUUGCGAAAACACCCUGAACACGCUGAGAUACGCCAACAGGGUGAAGGAGCUCAUUGUGGAACCGCCAGCAGCGAAUGGGGGCCGCCAGGGAGGACUCGCCAACCAGCUGGAGGUGCUGGAGGCUCAGUGGGGAGUCGGCAACUCUCCACAGAGAGACGACUUGAAGCUGCUCUGCGAACAAAACGAGGAAGAGGUUUCCCCGCAGCUCUUCUCCUUCCAUGAAGCCGUGUCUCAGCUGGUGGAGAUGGAGGACCAGGUUCUGGAGGACCACAGGGCUGUGUUCCAGGAGUCCAUCCGCUGGCUGGAGGACGAGAAGAUGCUUUUGGAAAUGACAGAGGAGGUGGACUACGACGUCGAGUCAUAUGCAACUCAACUAGAACAAAUCCUGGACCAGAAGAUCGAUAUUCUCACUGAGCUCAGAGAUAAAGUCAAGUCUUUCCGUUGUGCACUCUCGGAAGAGGAACAAGCUAGCAAACAAAUAACCCCGAAGAGGCCUCGUGCACUAUAG